GCUAAGCGCACCAAGAAGGUUGGGAUUGUGGGUAAAUAUGGUACCCGUUACGGUGCGUCCCUUAGGAAAAUGGUGAAGAAGAUUGAAAUUAGCCAGCAUGCCAAGUAUACCUGCUCCUUCUGUGGCAAGACCAAAAUGAAGAGGAAGGCUGUGGGUAUCUGGCACUGUGGAUCCUGCAUGAAGACAGUUGCUGGUGGUGCCUGGACUUACAAUACCACCUCUGCAGUGACAGUCAAAUCUGCGAUCAGAAGACUGAAGGAAUUGAAAGACCAGUAGAAGCUACUUCCUGUUCUCCUUGUGAAACAUCCUUUUUUUCUCCACUGUCAAGAUAUGUCCUUUUAACAAUAAAAAGGUGAUAAUGGAGUGGAA